AUGAAGGAUCAGCGUACUGCAGACAAGGUGCUACAAUCAUCUGACCCCAGACAAAUCAGAAGGCUUAUAUCUGAAAUCAGAGGAAGUGAUGGCCAAUCAUGGAGAAAAGUAAGUGACAGCCAUGUGAUAAAAGCUACGGCUAUUAAAUUCAGUGUGCACAAGCAAAUCAGAGCUCUUUUAAUGAGAACUGGGUCCAAAACCAUAGGAGAGUGUAACCCACAUGAUAUGAUUAUGGGCACAGGAUGUAGUUUAAAUGAUAAAACUGCUAGUGACACAAGUGCCUGGAGAGGUCAAAAUCUUGGUGGCAACGCUCUCAUGGAAACGAGAAACCAUAUCAGGAAGGUUGACAAGGCAUAACACAAGCACAUAGCAAUAUAUACAAUAUACAGUGAUACAUUGAACCAGGAUAGUGCGAGCAUUAGUUGGUGCAUCUAUCCCACGAGCAAAGUGCGAUAUGCCGAGUUUUUUACAAAAAUUCUUUGAUCAUUAUAGGAACAAAAUACGAGCACUACAGAUUUCACAAACAAAAUGUUGUUAUUGUUUUGAUAGCGCACUGACGUCCGCGCGAUGGCAAAAUCUAUACACAGUAGAUCAGUUAUGCUGAAAUCGACCGCUGUAAUGCUCGUAUAAUGUGCUCUAUAAACCACUAAAUGGUAUGUAUAAU